GACCGUGAUUUCGAAAAAAAGGGGGAGCCCCCCCCGGCUACCUUAUCUAAUGUAAUCGGCGAAUGGGGGAGGGGAGAAUUGACGGAUAGCGGUGAUGAAUGACAGGGAUACCAAUAAAAAUGUAUCAUGAAUCCCUGUUCGCUUUGCGCUUGCUGUCGUUCCUGUUUCGAAUCGAAUCGACAGUUUCGGCAAGGAUGCGGCGAUAUAUGAUGAUAGGUUCUGGCGUCGAGACCGAUAGCGGGGUUGCGGGCUCGACAAAGAACAAACUGAGGGGAUUAUGAUAUUAUGAUACUAUACAGUAUCAUGGAUUUUCUCCGCCAGUUCCUCGGUACGACACGAAGUGGAGGAUUGCCAUGUGAAUGGUGCGCGCUACCUAUCGGUUGGCUGGAUCUUUAUCUAUCUAUCAUACGAUAUGUUUUCUUCUCCAUGAA